AUGACCACGACCGAGUCCAAGACAGCUUCUCUAGCCGAACUCAACCGCAUCUUCUGGGAUGCAAACGCGGACACCUUCAUGGAACAAGACUGGAUCAAGGUCUUUUCAGAGCAACUCACCCGCUUCCUCCGCGCCCAGGCACCGAACCUAGGUCUCCGGCCCCGCGAUACCGACCCGUCUUCGAACCCCGUCCGGCUUUUAGACUACGCUUGCGCCUCUGGCGGUGCUUCAUGGGCACUCAGCCCCUUCGUCGACUCGAUCCUCGGCAUCGACAUCGCACCGGCCAUCGUACAGCGCUACAACGACUGCGCGGCGCGGCUGGGGUAUUCUCCCGAGCAAGUCCACGCCAUCGCGGGCGAUUUGGCUACAAAUGGAGAGCUGGCUGCUGAAGGGGGGUUUGAUGUGGUUAUUAUAUCCAUGGCGCUUCAUCACCUUGAUGAUCCGCGGGGGAUGUUGGAGCUGCUUGCGAAGAGGGUGAGGCCUGGCGGGGUGGUGAUUGCUGUUGAGGGGGUUGAUCAUAAAGCUACGGGGUCGGAGAGUGAGGUGCUCGAGAAGGGAGAUGAGAAGGGAGGUAGAGCUCAUGAGCAUGAGGUCCACCAGCACGAUGUUCUCAAGACUACGAAUCGGCAUCUGGUCUUCAGCGAGGAGCUUUUCAGGGGUUGGUUCCGAGAUGCUGGGUGUGAUGAAGGCAAGUUUGUGUACGUUGAGAAUGAAGAGGUCAGUCAUAUUCCGGAGGAGGCUUCUGGGAAGGCUGGGGGAUUGGAUAGAAAGAUGGUUAUCGCUUCCUCGGUGAGGAAAGAGUAAGAAUGGAC